GCUUGGUCCCCUGCCAGUGCUGAGCGCACUGAUCGCGCGCGCACACAGCCGGCGCAUUUCGUGUUUCUACGUGUAGCCGCUGGACCGCGCUGCCCUCCGCGGCGCUCGGGCUGCCCUUUCCCCUCUUCAAUCGGGCCCCCAUCAAGCGGAGAAGUCGUGACUGCUCGAUGGAACUGGGCGUGCGAUCGCGCCCCCGAGGCGCCGGCCCCGUUAUCCGAGGCGGUCCCGUGGAGCUGACAAUGGAGAUGCUACUUCGCGCGUGUGCGGACCUCACCGAGGCGUGCGAGGCCAAAUGGCUGCUUGUCGACGAAGCCGUGGGUGCCGGGCGGCUGCCGUUUUGCAAAGCUCCGGGCGCAUUUUAUCUCAUCGCCCAGCGCGCCGCGCGCCGCGCCGGCACGUACAAGGAAUUUCGCGCCAAGCUCCCAAAGAAUUUUAAGUGUAGGGUCCCAGACUUUUACGUGACCGCGCCGUUGCCUACCGAGUUGAUCCACACCCUCAUGCAAUUUGCCGACGGUCGGACGCUCGCCAGGUUCUCAAUCUGCUCGCCGCAGCUGCGGGUGCGAGCGGACAAAAUCGCGAGCGAGGGCCUGGCGCGCAUCACGACACUCCGCCUCGGGCAACGGGCCGUCGCCCGUUGGAGGACCGAGCUGCGCCUCUUCGCGGUCCUCACGAGCCCGCCAAAUCUCCGGUCACUCUUAGGCCCAGGCACCGCGUGGGCGCCGAUCCGCGACCACGUGGAUGAGUACUACACCAGUUACCACAAGUUUUUGGUAUAUUUGGACGACAGGACCAAUUACAACCUCGAAGACCACCGCGCCUACAUGGUCAAGUACGCCUUGCGCCUCGGCGACGCCGCCGUGAUCGAGGGCGUCAUGCGGACGACGGACUCGGACGAACGGCACGAGCAUAGAAGAAACUUCUACAAAUACCUGUACACACGCAAGAGAUACCUGAAAAAUUACCUGGAUCCUCCCGCGUGGUAUGGGGCCGACGCGCGGUAUGGGACCGAGGAGAUCUCGGACCAUUUCCUGCGCGUCGAGCGAGUACAGGCCGCAGCUGCCGCGAGAGAAUCGAUCGCAGAAUAUAGCCCCCUCCUCCAAAGCGCCGCCAAGCACGACCGCUACUUCCCGGGUCUCGACGAGGAGGAUGUCAUUGAGACUGAUUGGGAAACCAGGGUUCUAAACUUUGGCGGCGACUCCGACUCCGGCGGCGAGGACUAUUAGGGCCCCGCCGUCGAUGCGGAUGACCAUCAGGGCCCCGCCCAAUAGUCCAAGCGCCGUCCAACAACAACAAUAUUCCCGCCCAAGGGCGGAAGAUUAACGUCCAACGGUCAGUCACGUUCCGCGCGACCAACAUCGAACAACAACAGCAUUCCCGCCUAAGGGCGGAAGAACCUAUUGCCAGCCCCACCGAGUAAUUGGUCAAGUAAAAGAGA